CCCCCUAAGGGCGGUAUUUACUCACAUUGCUAUUCAGAGAUCAUGCUAGUGUAACUCUUCACUAGUGUACUUUAAUGCAAGAGGAAGGAUGCGCAGUCCUAUCUGUUAAAUUGUCCCGAUUACCAUCAGUCCUCUGCACACAGGAUUCCCAACGCCCCAGGUGGGAGCUGCUGGUCAAGUCAAUGAAGGUGCAUCGGUGAAGUGACGCCUUUGUUCAGUGUGAUAGCGGCACCUUCCCCCUCGCCUCCUUCCUCCUGGGUCCAAAUAACUGGCGCAGACUCCGAGACCAGUGCGAGAGACGUGAUCGGGCUUCGGCCUCAGGUGCAUCUCUGAGGCGGGGCGACGCGGAGGUCCAGGUGUUGUGGAGGUAUGGACUGUAACUGCGUCAGUGAUCUGUUGCUCCCCCCGGUGCCUGCUCUCUGGACGCCAGGGUUCGCCUUCCCAGACUGGGCCUACAAGCCUGAGUCAAGUCCCGGAUCCAGACAAAUCCAGUUGUGGCACUUCAUCCUGGAGCUGCUGCAAAAGGAAGAGUAUCAAGGGGUCAUUGCCUGGCAGGGGGACUAUGGAGAGUUUGUCAUCAAGGAUCCAGAUGAGGUCGCUAGGCUGUGGGGGAUAAGGAAAUGCAAACCUCACAUGAACUACGACAAGCUGAGCAGGGCGCUGAGGUAUUACUACAACAAGCGCAUUUUGCACAAAACCAAAGGGAAGCGUUUCACCUACAAGUUUAACUUCAGUAAGGUGGUGUUAGUGAACUACCCCAUCCUGGACAUGGCCAACUCUCCCUUCUUUCUGGCCCAGAAUCACUUCAACGGUAGCUCCACCACACCAGACUGCAGCCCUGAGGCCAUACAGUCCUUGUUUCCUCGUUUGCCGGACUCCAGCAGAGGAACCUCCCUGUUUGAUCGAGGGACCACAGCACCAGGGCCUGAAGGAGACAAGAUGAGACUGGACACAUUCCCUUUCCUCAGUUCGGGUGCCCCGUGCUACUCAAAACCUCCGUCCCUGCUGGGACCAUAUCCUCGCACCCCACCCUUUGACUACCCCUGGGGUUUCAACCCUUAUCUGCCAGGGGCCUUCUCUCUCAAUAACUGCCCCAAACUGCCCCCUGGUUCCCUCUACCCCUCCCAGUUUUACCCCAACCCUUUGCAGAGCAGCCUUUCCCAGCUGCCUCACCCCUUCUCCUCUCUGCUCCCCCCAGGGGAGGCAGGUGGGGGUGAGAGGGGAACGGCAGGGCAAACUGGAGGCACAAACAGCACACCGGGUGGCCAGCCAGCCAGGCUCUGCCUACCACCCUACCCGGGGAGCCUGUCGAUGGGCCGGACGGACAUUGGCAACGGGGCAACGCUGGGGGAAAGGGAAAGGGUGGAGGCCAAUCCCCCAGUCACAGGGCUGAGUCUGGGGCUGGGGGCCGGGACAGGCCAGCAAAGCCCCACAGAGAGGAGAAGGGGGGUGAAGCAGGACCCAGAGUCUGACUCAGACCUGGAGAUCACAGAUCUGAGCGACUGCAGUUCGGAGAAUGAAAACGAGCAUGAAUUCAGCAUCGGGAAGGAAACCCGCCUGGCGAACCGAUCACAGAUUGUGCUGGAUGGAAAGAAAGGAGGCAUGCUGCCACCCAUCUCCUCUCUCCCCCCACCCGUGUCCCCCCAUCCUCUGAAGAGCCUGAUGCCCAUCACUCCUCCUCCCCCUUCCCUGCCUCCAUCACUUUCCCCUUCCAUGUCUCUGCAUGAAAGACACAGGGAGACAGAGACUCUCAAAAUGAUACACAGCUAAUACAUUUUCUCCUGCGCCCACCAUCUUGCCAGUUCAUGCUCUGAUAGCCCUCUUCUUCUCUCCUUUCUCGUCUCUGAGACACUCCUCUGAUUUCAAUUACCAACUGUCCGAUCACUCUUGAUAAGUUUCUUUUUCCAGGAAUGGCAGUUAUGUUAUUCACUUCUACUGCUGUAUCCCUCUGAACAUAUGGGGCGUACAAUUUCUAAGGUAUCGUCUCUUUGUAUCUUGUCCUUUCUGUUCUGAUCUCUCACACCAGAUGAUCGUUCCAUGGUUUCUAGAUUUGUUUUACACAUUCAUAGCAAUACUCUACAAUUUGCCAUCCACAGGCAAGCAAUGAUAAAAGCCAGUGAGGUGGUAAAGGGCACAGUAGUACCUGCCUUGACAAACAUUAACAAACAACAUCCCUAUGCUAACAGAACAGAACAACAAAUAAUGCUUAGACUGAUCCAAUUUUACACUUUUGUCCUGUAACUCUUGAGAUUUGGACAACAUAUGGUCACUGUGACUUUUGAGACACAGUCAAAUACUGCCCCCUAGAGGACAUGCCUUUUAAUGAAAGCUCCAUAAGCCUUUGCUUGAAAUUGAUGCCCUUAAUUACAUUUUGCACUUUAAAAAAAAAAAAAAAUUGUUUCUUGUGGAUUAAUUUACAAUUUAAAAUCCACAUUACAAAUGCUGUUAACUGUGAUAGUUUGUAAAUAUUUAUUUUGUCUGGUGGUUCAAGUAUUACCUGCACAUUUUCUGGAAGGAAAGAAAAAGAGAACAGAGAGAGCUGGUCUAAUCUAGAAAUUUGUAUGAAUAUUUCUGUGUAUAUAUUUUAAUAUGGUGUACAUUAUGUUUAAUUAUUAUUCACUAUAACAAAAUUUAGCUGUAUUGUUGUGAUUUAAUUCUGUAUUUAAACAUGUUGGAAAAUCAUAAGCUUAGGUGUAUGAAAGUUUAAAUUAUUAAUGGCAGGAGAUCUGCACUCUGAAGAUGUUUUUCUAUGAUCAGGACAGAGUUCACACUGGGAAUUGUCUCUGGUUUUCUUAACCCCAGUUAAUUGUGCCCUUUGGUCAUUUUUGGCAGAUGCCUAGUGUACAAACCCUUUGGGUUCAAAAAUAUGCUGGUUAUUUUUAUAGUUAACAUUCACCCAGUGUACUGUAAUUAGUCAAAUGUGAAUAAUAUUGGUUGUCUUUUUUCAGUCUUCCCCCACCAAAAUCUGGUUUGAUUAUUUUUCAAUCAAUGCUUUUUGUCCAUGCCAGCAGCAGCAGCAGUGGCACAAUUGGGUUUGCUUAAGGACAUUAAACAGCGGGGUUGAAAAAACUAUUCAAAAAUGGUUUACCUUUGUUCUAAUGACCAGCAUCCUUUCUCUGGCCUAGUGUCUCGGCACAGAGUGAACAUUAAACCAUAUUGUAUAGCUUCAUAGCGUUUAUAGCCUAUGGUUUGUCAAAGAGUUGCAGUAUAAUGAUUAGUUGUGAAAGCUCUGUUGUAAAGUUAAUAUAAAGCUCUAUGUUUGUUGAGUUGCUACAGGAAAGGCCUCCAGUCACCUCCACAUGGAGUACCCUAACUAUCAGCUGUAAAUACUGUUUCCUUUGUGUGUGUAUGUGUGUGUACACAUUCAAAAAUGACAAUUCAGUGGUUUUAUCUGUCAUCGCGCUUUGUUUUUCUGUAAAAAAGAAAAAUGCAAAGUGCAAAAAAAGAAGAAAAAGAUUAAUAUCUUC